GACCAAUGCCUCAUAUCCAGAUGCUACGAGGCUCACUUGAUGCCGACGGCACGUUCCUUCUGGUGGAAUGGAGAAAACGCCAAUAUAGCCACUUCUAUACUUCUCCUUGAGAUGCAUCCCUUGCUCAAGAAGAACUAUUGGAAGAAUAACAGGAUCCAGGCUAGCGAUAUCCUCAGAACUUGGCGCAAAGACGCUGCCCGCCUCUUACCAUUUGAUGAGGUCAGCAACGAAGAGCUUGGGAACACACUUGUUGAAGAAAGAGAGGAUGAGACAGAGGAAGACUCUGUCGAAGUGGACGGGGAUAUCCGGAUUCUUUCCCGCUCCCUGCAGCAGCGUGGAAUGAACGACCAGAGCGAUACAGAAGAAGACACUGAAGACGUCAUUUUCGUUGCAGAACGCCCUGCUCCAAGUAGCAAAAGAAAGGCGGUCAGCCCAUUGAGCCCAGUCAUCACACCGAAGAGAGCGAAGCACCAUCAGUCUGUCGACAAGUCCGUCUACGACUUCGAGGACUCCGACAACGACAUCGUUGUGAGACGCCGAAGACCUCUGACGGAGUCUGCAGGUCUUCCUAGAGUAUUGCCCGCCGAUGCGCUCAUUACACCUCCUCAAAGCGACGGAUCUUCACCCACGAUUCUGAUCGACUCCGAUAUCGACGACCAGGAACCUCUUUCAAUGGGAAGACGUCGAGGUCGUCGUCUUCUUUUUGAACGCAAAGAAUCGCCCAAGCAUUUGAUGGAACGUCUGUCGCCACUCGGUCUCUCGCCCAUCCGGACCGUCGCAACUACCGAGCCGGUCGAAGCGCCCAAGGAGAAACAUAACUGUGUUGCGGCCCUCGAGGACCUUUUUGAUUCCGUCGAUAGAUCCCGUGAUCAGUUCACGGGAGAGGAGUGGGAGCAGGCGGAUCGUCAAUUGAAAGAGAUCGGGAAGCGGAUGAAGAGAAUGAGCAAGAUGGCCAUGACUAAGAGAAUGGACAGGAGUCCUCAUGCCUGAAUAGAGGAGACUUGGGAUUCUUGAUACAAACCAGUUGGGGCAAAAUUCAGUAUUUGAGCAAAGUGGCUUGCAUUGAGUCGUCGGAGCAGCCUUAGCUGAUAG